AUGAAAACAAUGAUGGAGGAUGUUCAUCCACUUCAAGUUUUGACAAUGUAUCAGAGUGAUGUUAAUAGUGUUGAUUUUGCUGGUGAUUGUAUUCUAGUUACUGGAUCUGGAGAUAAACGUGUUAGAGUAUGGGAAUGGCAAACUGGUACUGGAUACACUGAAUUACCAUAUUCACCAUUAAUGGGUCAUAAAUAUGGUGUAACAUGUGUUAAAGUCAGUCCACAAUCAACAAUGCUUGCAACUUCAAGUAUUGAUGGCACAACACAAUUAUGGAACUUGCGGACUGGCUCAAAAAUUCAUACAAUGGUACAACCUGGUGGUGAAUCAGUACGUGUUUGUAAAUUUUCACCAGAUUCAACAUUUCUCGUAACAUCAGGUGACAAUGGACAAGUUUGUCUUUGGGAUUUAGUUCGUAGAAAUCUCAUAAGAUCAUUUCAACAACAUGAAGGAGCUGUACAAAGUUGUUCAUUUACACCAGAUUCAAAUUGGCUAUUAACAACAUGUACAUUUGGUGUAUUAAAUUUUUUUUCAGUACAUGAAAUUGUUGAUUCAGCUGUUACAAAUUUAACAAGUACAAUUAAUGUAUUUGCAACUGUUGAUGAUGCACAUGAUCUUGGUGUUGUUAGCAGUGAUUUUUCAUCAAAAAUAAUAGUUUCAAAUGCUGAAAUAUUAGAGAAAAUAUUUCAACUAGUAACAUGUGGUAAUGAUCAUUAUGUUAAAUUAUGGGAAGUACGUGUUGUACAGGGUAAAAAUGAAUUAUUUCCAACAAUGGCAAGUUUAGUAUUAUCAAAAGUAUUAGAAAAACACAGUAGUGCAUUGACUUGUGUUAGAUUUAAUUCAAGUGGUUCAUACAUUGCCAGCAGUGGUCUUGAUAAAACAACAGUCAUCUGGGAAACAGAAAGUGGAAAAAUGGUAUCAGCAUUAGUUGGUCAUAAAAGAUAUGUUGCUUGUUGUGCAUUUUCACGUGAUGGUACAUUACUUGCAACUGGUUCAAAUGAUCGUAGUGUUAUUGUUUGGGAUUUAACUGGUAAUAAUUUAACAAUUGAUUCAAGUAUUGUUAAACAUUGUAGUCCAACAAGACAUGCCAACAAUGACAAUGACAAUAAUCAACAAGAAAAAAAUUGUGUACGUUAUGCUGAAACAUCAGAAAAUGAUGUUAAUUUAUUAUUGACUCUUGAUGAUCAUGGUGGAGCUGUUAAUAGUGUUGGAUUUCAUGGAAAUCAAAUGAUGGCAUCAGCAUCAGGUGAUAAAAUGGUAAGAGUAUGGAAAAUUGAAGAAGAAAAAAAUGAAGAAACAAUGACAAUUGAAAUGAAAUUUAAUGAAAAAACUUUUAGUCCAAUUGAUGGACAUAAAUAUAGUGUUAAUUAUGUUGAAUUUAGUCCAUGUGGUGAUAUGCUUGCAUCAUGUUCACUUGAUGGUACAACAAUGCUUUGGGAUACAGAGAGUGGUGAACAAGCAAGAGGAUCAUUUGUUAAUUCUGGUUCUGGUAUUCGUGUAUGUCGUUGGUCACCAGAUAGUUCUAAAAUAGCAACAGCUGGUGAUGAUGAAAAAACAACACUUUGGGAUACAAAUACAUUGGAAGAGCUAAAAACAUUUGAAGGACAUGCUGAUUCAGUAAAUGCUCUUGCAUUUACACCAGAUUCAAAGUAUAUUGUAACAGCUUGUAGUGAAGGUACAUGGAGAAUAUUUGCUGUUGAAGCUGAUUCAUCAGCAAUUAUUGUUGUUGAUGCUCAUGAUCUUGGUGUUCAAGGUUGUGAUUUUAGUGCAGCAUCAUCACCAUUUCUUGUACCUGGAAUGAGACAAGCAUCAGCAGACAGAUAUUCAUCAAGUUAUGCACUUGCAACAUGUGGAAAUGAUUCAUUGGUAAAACUAUGGCAAAUAAUGAUACAAAUGGAAGAAAGUAGUGAUACAUUUGAGUCUGAUUAUUCACCAGAUAGAUCAAGAACAGUUAGUGCAAUAUCAUACAGAGAAAGACGUGUAUUAAAUGGCCAUGGUGGUAAUGUUAUGGAUGUUAAAUUUGCACCAAUGCAUGGUGAAAUACUUGGAAGUGUUGCAACUGAUAGAACAGCACGUUUAUGGAGUGUUAAUUCUGGUGUUUGUCUUCAUGUUUUGGAGCAUCAUGAAAGUUUAGUAACAUGUUGUGAUUUUUCUGGUGAUACAUCAUUAUUUGCAACUGGUGCACUUGAUAAAACAAUUGCAGUAUGGCGUUUACCACAACAACUUGUAUCACAAAGUAAUUUAAUUGAUCGUUUACGUAGUAAUAAACGUAAAGUACUUGAUUGGACAACUGAAGAUGUUAUUAAAUGGUUAAAUGAAAUUAAUCUUGGUAAUUUAGAAAGCCAAGUUAUUACAAUGCAUUUAAGUGGAAGACUUUUACUAUCAGUACCAGAACAAAUAUUAAUUGCUAGAUUAAAAAUAUAUGAAGAUGAACAAAUAAUGGAAUUGUUUAAAAAACAUUUGUACUGGCUUAAAAAACAAGAUUCAAAUCAUGAUGAUAAUAUUGAAGAUGUUGAUAUACCACAUGAAUUUCUUUGUCCAAUAACACAUGAAAUUAUGAGAGAACCAGUUAAAUGUUCUGAUGGUUUUAUUUAUGAAAAAGCAGCAAUCAAUGAGUGGUUUUUAUGUGGUAAAUAUACAAGCCCAAUGACGAAUGAAUCACUUGAUGACACAUCAUUUACACCAGCAGUACAAUUAAGAUAUGCAAUAUGUUCUCUCCUUCAUGGUGAUGGAACAGAUGAAUAA